GACGCGGCGCGGGCGGCCCGCGGAGUUUCUCCCGACACCGCCGCUCUGCCCCGUCCGUCGCCGCACGGCCCGCAACACCUCGCUACAGUACCGCGCUCUUCUGCAGGCACGAGGAUGAGGGUGCUUCUGCUGGUGGUGGCGCUGGCGGCGUUCGCGCGCGCACAGGUGGGCGAGGAGUUCGACGAGGAACUGGAGGAGGAGCGAGGCAAGCGGCAGACGUUCGCGCCGCGCGGCGUCACGCAGAUCCCCAAGGGGGUGCCGCUGCCGCAGCAGCUGCGCUUCCCGCCGCCACAGGCGUUCCGGCAGGCGGCGCCGGUGGACGAAGAGGACGAGCUGAGCCGCAACAUCGUGACGCCGACGCCGCAGCCGGUGUACCGCCGGCCGCCGCCGCCGCCCCCGCAGGACUCGCAGCGCGACUACUCCAUACAGAGGCCGCAGCCGCAGUCGCCCAACGCCGUGCGCAGACCUGGGCCGCCGCCGCCGCCCGGAAAGGGACAGCCUCUGGAUGAGGAGGAGCUGGAGGAGGAGAAGCCCGACAGGCUGAGCCUGCUGCUGCCGCAGUCCAAGUUCGACUGCAACAACAAGAAGACCGGCUACUACGCCGACGAGGGGCUAAACUGCGAGGUCUUCCAUUACUGCCAGGACAACGCGCGACACUCCUGGAUCUGCCCCGAGGGCUUCCUCUUCCACCAGGUGCACCUGAUCUGCAUGCCGCCGAGCAGCGAGAACAUCUGCAAGCAGUCGUCGCAGUUCCACUUCGUCAACGACUACCUGUACCGGCCCAUCAACGCGGAGGAGGUGCAGAACAAGCCGAACGUGACUCUGCGCUACUCGGACCGCUACUACCCGGACAACUUCUACGAGGAGGAGAGCCUGCACCAGCAGCCGGCGCCCAUCCGCGCGUCUGCCGCGCCGCCCCCGCCGCCCCCGGCCGCCGCCCCCGUGCUGCGCGGCCGCCCCCAGGUGCCGCAGUUCCGCCCCCAGUCGGCCCCUCACCAGGUCUUCCACUCGCCCGAGGAGGUCAACAUCCCGCUGCAGCAGCGCAGGCCCUCGGGCCCGCCCCCAGCACCCGUCAGGGGCGGCUUCGGCCCCCAGCACGAUGACGAGUACGAGUACGACGACCUGCCCUUCCGCCAGGGCUAGAAGCGCCCUCCUGUCACAGCCAGGAUGCGACUUCGCGUCCCGCACUGGACUUGAAAAGGCGGGCAGACUGUUCCCCGUGCAGUCGGCAUCGACGGACACUGUGGAAUGCCUUUGUGCGUGUGUGCAGUUACAUGCGGAACUCUCCAAACCAAUCGAUUCUCCCCCGAGACACCGCGGCAGUUCUCGCGAAUCUCGCAUACCAAGUCGACUCAUUCAAUCAGCUCUUGUUAUGUAAUUUACAAACUUCCCUCCUCACUCUUGACUGAUUCUCUUAUAUGCAGUCGCUGAGCAGCUUCCUCCUUAAACGUAACAGUACUGAUGACCCAUUCCAGGAAAUAUCAUCAUUUUCGUUAUGCAUCCUCUAAUUGCCAUAUCGACAUCUAUAUCUGCAUGAUUAUUCUGGAAAUAUUAUCAUUUUCGUUAUGUAUUCUCUAAUUGCCAUAUCUAAAUCUAUAUCUGCAAGAUUAUUCAGCAAUUCCCAACCAGAGGGUGCGUGGAGCCGCUUUCAUAUUAUUUCUCUAUUUCUCCAUUCGCGAAUAGCACAUGGGUCAACAUGCAUGCGUAAACCUUUUCGUAUGGACUAGUUUAUCUCAUUUUAUCACGACGUAGAUGGGAGUCAACAAAAUAUUUUGUCAUUCAGAGGAGAAAUUUGUUGAUUGUAACUUCGUAAAAAAAUUUCGUCGCAGCUAAAAACGCCUUUGUUUUAAUGAUUGCCAUCCCGACAUGCUUAAUAUAUCCGUGACACUCUCGCCACUACUUAGCGGUUAUACAAAAAGAUCUGCCCUUCUUUGAACAUACUGCAUGUCCUCCGUCAAUGACACAGUAGGAUGAAUAUGUGAAAUCUUCCGUUGCUCUUUACCCGAAAAAACGUGUUUAUGAAUUGAAUAUCCUACUGAAAUUUGUUUACGUUAGCGAUCCCUUUCCACAAAACAAAACUUUUCUCUCGUAACAAAAUAGAUAGAUGAUUCAGUGUACCGCUUCCAAGCAAACAGUUUGCGUCAAAAUCAAGAACUCAGUAUUUCUUUCCUUAUAUUUACAGUACAUUACAGUAUGUCGACAGUUUGGAAAAGGUUUCACUUCAGAAGUACCUCCAAAUAAUCUAUAGUUGCUGCAAAAUAUUUUUAGGUAGCCAUCAUUUCUGCAGCAAAUUUCACUUAGGUCACCUACAAUUGUUUUUAAUCGUUAACAAAUAGGUGGAAACAUAGACCAUCAGAUACUAAAACGCAGCAUACCAUUCUCAUUAUGAGUUUUGGAGGAAGCUACUCUGCUCUGCUCAGUCCCGCCCAUUAUGUCGCCUGGGCGCCCCGGUACACCAUUUUCAACGUUAACAGCUCUUUAACAUCUACUGUACAAAUUAAUUUAUUGGUACUUAGAGUUAAGCUAUGUGUGUAUGUAUGUGUGCCCUUGUAUUCCUCAGAACUUCAUCGUUAAUCCUUACCUGUAUCAUCGUGAUCCCCAUUAAUUUAUCCCCUGUGAUUUUACUCUUAAGAAUAUUCAAGUAUGUACUCGUGCUUUAGUUAAAUAAAAGCAUGGUGCCUAUAAGUUUUGAAACGAGA